AUGAACGUACUACGCCUGCCACUCUCAAGGGCUGCUACACGCCAUGCUCUUCAUACCGCUCGACGUGGGAUUGCAUCAGGCAGCGGACUGCCUAAAUUCGAACCGAACUCCUUCAAAGCUAGCGAGAGUCCCAACCCAGACUGGAAACUCCAAAAAGGUCUUCCUACAGAUACGCCCCUGGGGAAACAGUGGAAGCAAGAUGAAGAUGCUGGCUGGAAGACAUGGGACGGCUGGGACACGCCUCCGACAGACAUGUACAAGAUGUUAUCGAGUGCCAUAACCCCCCGCCCUAUCGCUUUUGUGUCAACCAUAUCUUCGGACGGCAUCCGUAACCUCGCACCGUUCAGCUUCUUUCAGAUGGUCUCAUUCAAGCCGCCAUUAGUCAUGGUCUCAUGCACGCUGUCUCCGCGUCGUCCUAAGGAUACGCGAGAGAACAUCUUGAACACGAACGAGUUUGUCGUCAACCUCAUUAGCGAACCUUUCGUCGAGGCUGCAAACUCGACUUCGGUGGAAGCGCCCGCAGAGAUCGACGAAUGGCUCGUCUCUGGUCUAACCGGAGAGCCCAGCGAGCAAGUCAUGCCUGAGCGUGUGAGGGAGGCUGCUGUGAGCUUGGAAUGCACAUUGUACAGCUACCAGGACAUCUACUCUGACGAGACCGACAAAUCUGCGCCCGACGCAGCGCCAACAACGACCAUGAUGAUUGGACGCAUCGAGAAGGCCCAUGUUCGCAACUCGGUUCUGCAACCAGAUGGUCUUCAGGUUGAUCCUGCGAAGCUCCGGGUCGUCUCGCGUCUUGGGGGCAAUACGUAUGCGCGGGUGACGCAGGGCUUUGAUGUUGCUCGGCCUUCAUGGCGUGACGUGAAGAAGGAGAUUGGUGACAAGCUUUGA